CACGCCGCCCCUAAGCUCAGCAGCUCGCGAGUGUAACAAGUUGAGCUAUGUCGUAGCUGCUGGCCCUGAAGGCUGGUUGUCUGGGGCACUGUCCUUGUCCGCAAGCGGGGGAUGUCUUGGAGCCUUCCAAGGGCAAUCGCGAAGAAGGCCAUUGCCGGAGCGAGAGUGGAGGAAAGCAGAAACACUCGCCGACCUUGCGGGAGAAGAGCACUGCGAAAACCCAAGGUGGCCGAGGUGUUGGGUCUCUUCCUCUUCUUCCCUCCUCCUUGACUUUGCAAAAGGCGGCGAGGUUGAGAAAUCCACUGGCGGAGGUCGGAAAGGAAAAGGCCCACGUGGGAGGUGGGCGACGACCUACUAGAAAAGGAACUGCGUUGCCUCCCGGAACUAGGAUGCUCCUCGGCAAGAUGCUACUGUAGGAAGAGCUUUUUGCUUGGGACCGCAGCGCUGCAGAGGCUCUGGAGAGACUUGGGCGACUGGAAGCUUCACCAGCCUGACCGAAACAAGGAGGACGAGAAAGGCUCUCUUCCGUGUAAAGGGGGGUGGGGAGCACGGCUUUUGUUACUGGCCUUUCAUCGUGCGAGCGUGGCUGCGUGUCUGUGUAGCAUAUUUUCAACUUUCCCCACCCCUUGGCUGCUGAAGUACCUUCGGAAGCCAGAGUUACUCCAGCAUUGCAACUCUGAUUUUAAACAGUGUUUACUGUUCACCCUCCCGUGAUGUUGCCAGGGUUUUCUGAAAGGCGCUUUGCCAUUUGUCCUCUUUCUUCAGAACUUCUCUGCAGACUUCUCUCAACCUGAGGGCCAAGCAGUCUCUGCUUGAAAGUCGCUUGUCCUGUUUGAGCUUGAAAACAAUCCACUUUGAUUAUUGCAAGAUAAAAGAAGAAAAGAUGGGUGGUAACCUUGGCUGCCACCGCUCCAUACCUAGAGACCCUUCGGAUCUUUGCCAUAGCCGUAAAUUCAGCGCUGCAUGCAAUUUCAGCAAUAUCCUUGUGAACCAGGAGAGGCUAAAUAUUAACACAGCCACAGAAGAGGAGCUCAUGACUCUUCCUGGGGUCACCAGGUUGGUAGCCCAAAACAUUGUAGAAUAUCGUGAGUAUAUUGGUGGCUUCAAGAAAGUUGAAGACUUGGCCUUGGUGAGUGGAAUUGGAGCUGCCAAGCUGGAGCAGGUGAAAUUUGAGAUCUGUGUGAGCAGCAAAGGAAAUUCUGCACAACAUUCACCCAACUCUUUAAGGAAAGACCAGAAUCUGGAUCACCUUUCAGCUAUUAAAAUCAACAUUAACACAGCUACACCUGCUCAGCUCAUGAGCAUCCGUGGGAUCACAGAAAAGAUUGUCAACAGCAUUGUAGAAUACCGCAGAGAGCAUGGGCCCUUCAAAAGUAUUGAGGACUUGCUUAAGAUGAACUGUAUCAACUCUUCAUUCUUUGACAAAAUCCGACAUCAGAUCUUUGCAGAACGAUCAAGACCCCCUUCCACAAAUACGAAUAGUGGCCUUAAUUUCACUGUCAAACCUCACCCAAGCCCCACAUCCCUGAGCCUCCAGAGUGAGGAUUUGGAUUUUCCUCCUGGAGGGCCAACACAGAUAAUCUCCACACGGCCCACAGUGGAAAUUUUUGGUGGGGUGCGAGAUGGGCGACCUGUGCUGAGAGUGGCCACUUGGAAUCUGCAAAGCUGCUCUGCUGAAAAAGCCAACAAUCCUGGUGUGCGAGAGGUUGUAUGCAUGACUUUGUUGGAGAACAGCAUCAAACUUUUGGCUGUGCAGGAGUUGAUUGAUAGAGAUGCACUUGAGAAGUGUGUAGAAUAUUCUGGCUUCCUGUGGGACACAACUGCAGGGAUAGAACUGAAAGAAGCUACUUUCUCUGAAGGCCCAUACACAAAUGGCAGUGGGAAACAAGUCCAUCCUCACCCUUACAUUGCAUAUUUCAAGAUUGGAAUGAAUGAUUUAAUACUGGUUAACUUGCAUUUAGUGCCAUUGCCAUCUACUGGGGAAAAUUCUGUGAAGAAUCAAAAUAGUCAUAAAUUAGCAGUCUUUGCACAUAUUGUACAGGAAACACUUAAAGGGGAAAAAGAUGUGGCAAUUUUGGGUGAUUUUAGCCAGCCCCCCGAUAGUAGUGACCAUGACAUGUUACGAAAGGAAAAGUUCCACCAUCUGGUUCCUGCAAGUACGUUCACAAACAUCAGCACAAAGAAUCCUCAAGGUUCCAAAUCUCUGGACAAUAUCUGGAUCAGUCGUGGUUUGAAAAAGAUUUUCACUGGUCAUUGGGCAGUUGUAAGAGAAGGUCUUACAAACCCCUGGAUCCCUGAUAACUGGUCAUGGGGUGGAGUAGCAUCAAGUCAUUGUCCAGUUUUAGCUGAAUUUUACAUUGAGAGGGACUGGAAUAGAAAGGAUGUAAAUCAAAAUGGAGGUGGAGUGCUAGUGGAAUGCAGUGAUGUGAAUUCUAAACAUGAACGGUGAUGAAAAAGAAGGAAAGCUACAUUUUUCUUUCCUCAAAAGAUGGUUAGAAGAUAGCUUCACUCAAGGUCUGACACUGAAUAAGUGUCAAGUGUCAAAAUACAAGUGUCAAAAUACAAGUGUAUUUUGUUUUCAUUUAAAAUUGAAUAUGCUUCUGCUUUUAACAUCUCCCUUCCCUAUUCCCACUUCUUUUAGGACACUUGCCAUUCUGUGGAUUGUGACUUAUGGAGACAUGGGGGUUUCUGAGGAUGGAUGUACCUGGAUAAUUGCAAAUAAAAUUCACUUAUUGUGUUUGUUCACAAUUUCCUUUCUUCUGCUUCUAAUAAAAUACUAUCAUUGAACCUAAUAGCUCAUGGAAGAACAGACUUGGGCAUUCUGCUAUCUGCUUAAGAUAGUUCAGCAAUAGAAAAAAAUCCUUAGUGCUAUUGCAUAUAAUACCUACUCUUUACCUAGAGACGAGUUUUGAGUCAUGCAUCAUUUGAAAUAAAAACUACUCCUCCAAAAUUCAUUAAAAAGCUGAUCACUUUACAAUUCAGAUUAUGUUAGCCUUAUCUGGUGCCUUCUAGAUCACUUAAUUUAAAAAUAAUAAUAAUUUAAUUAAUAAUUAAAACUCCGUAAGUCCCAACUAGCAUGGCUAUUAGGACUUAUUCCUAAUUCAACUGUUGCCUUUUUAAAAAAACAUAUAUCCAGGUUCUAUACAAGUAAAACAUUAUUCUGAAUCUUUUUUUUAAAUCUGGAGUUUGUACAACUUUACAUGAGUAUAUGUAUGUUGUGAAGUAACAUAGGAAAACAGAUUGGGAAAUGUUGUUUUGUAUUGAAGCCAAAUAGGGUUGGUUGACUUGGUAUAACUUCUUAAAGCAUGCUUACAGUCAAGCAUACAGAUAUAUGUUUCAUAAUCCCAUAUCUGAUAAUAUAAGCAUACUUUUUAAAUUGUGAUAAAUUGAUAAAAGAAUUGUACUUGUUGGUUCAAAUACAUUUAUUUAGCAAUAACUUCAUUUGGGUUAUAUAUAACCAUAAUGAGACAGUCUAGGAGAAAUAUACUUUAUUUUACCACUUCAUUAAAACUGCUUAAGAACAGGUUUGCCACAAAAAAAAUCCAGAAAAACUUUACAAAACCACAAUUACAAAUCCAAAAUAUUUUAUAAAAAGAGAAAAAAACCACAUUAUUAAAAUGAAUUGAUAGGGAGGUCCUUCUGAUGGAGAAAUCAGCUGACUGUCAAAUUAUUGAUGUAUUCUAAGGUAGAAUAACAGGUAAAUUCCACCAGAUUUUUAAAGCAUUCUUUGUGAACGGAAGGUGACUUUGCUUGUACAAAUAUUAUCCAUAUAUCACAUUUUUUCAUAUUUGUGUAAAAAUUACAUUUCGCAGGGCAGAAUGACAUACAUUGCUAAUAAUUUGAACAUGGUAACAUUGCAUGUAAAAUUAGAACAUUCAGUAUGUGAAGUCUAUAAUCUGUAUGUUUGAAUUCACUCUUCAAUAUAAGAAAAUACUGCUUUCAGUAUGUAAAAUCUAGAUAGAGGACAAGGGAAUGAUCAGACUGCCCAAUAAAAGUACUAUUGCUGCUAAAUACUUUUGCUUGAGAAAAUGAGUAUAGAUAAAAGAAAGUUAUUUUUGUUAAUGCACCAAAUUCUAUGAAAGUUAUUGUGAAAUUCAUUAUUUUCAACACUUACAUUCUAAGAUUGGAUUUAUGUUUUACCUAAGAGAUAAAUAAAACAUCAUGCCAAGACUUGUUGGUCAGUUCAACCAAGAAUGAUUCCUCUCAUUCAUGGACGCAGUCAUCAUUUUUUUUGGUAAAGAUUUGUUACUUUAUUCUCCCUAAAACCCUGAAUUAUGUUUUUCUCUAGACUAUAUUUAUUCACUACAAUUGCAAUGGAUUUAAUGGGAUAGGUUUAGAACAGAUAAGAAAUAAAUGCAGAAACAUACUGACCCUUAGCUAUAUUAACAUGCUGUAUUAGGACCAUUUAAAUGAUAGCAUAGUUAUAACAGCUCUGCUCUGAAAUAAUAUAAGGUUCAGUCACAGUGCAUUGCCUAUGCUAUCAAAACAAUACUAAACAAUACAUGCAAUGAACAUUUAGACUUUAUUUGGAGAUAAGCUGUUGUUUAACUGGGUUAAAAAAGUAUUAUGAUGGAUCAUUAAUUUAAUUGAAUUUUGGUAUAAAUAGUAACACCAGAGAUCUCUAAAAUCAACAGGUCUCUAUGAAAUUCACACAGUUCAGAAAUAAUGUUUAUGGAUCCAUUUUAUGAAUCCAACAUAAACAAGACUAAUAACAAGACAUAUUGAUUUGCAUAAAUCCAAUGCAUAUUUUUGAUCUUUGUACCAUCUGUCUUUGUCUAUCAUUGUAUUGAAGAAUAUUUUCACAAUUCUAGUAUGAUGAAUUAUUAAUUUUUCCAGUCUUCUUGUUAUAUAAGGUUUUUGCAUCAAUAGGUUGUCAUUGAAUUAAAUAAUGCUAAGAUGUGUGGAAGAAUUUGGAAAACCUACUCUAAAAUGGGUGUACGGUUCUACAUCCCAUCACUGUAAUAAAUAUAUAUGUGCCAAAAACAAAAACAUCAAUGUCUUAAAAAAGAAAAAAAGAAAAACAUGGUAGGCUAGCCUAAACUUUUCUAAUAGGCUUCAGUACUUUUGCAGUCAUGCAUAAGCACUCUAUAUUAAUAAAACAAAAUAUCUCACAAGCAUUACACUAUAGAGCCUUUUUAUAACUAUAUCAGUAACAAACAGAGAAAGAAUUAUUUAUAUAUCAAUAUAUUUCAGUGCGAGUCGGAAAUAGAGGAUUUUUAAAAAAGAAUUCCAAGUU